CUAUGGAAAGGCAAUAAAAAUACAGAGAAAGUAACAUAAAAAUACACAAUUCAAGCAAAAAAAAGAAAAAAGAAUUUUUUUUUGAAGAAAUUAAAAACAGCACAGAAUUGUAAAUAGUAGUAGAUCUUAAUUAGUAGUUUAAGCAAAAAAAUAAAAUAAAAUAAAAUUUAAUUUGCAGUCAAUUUGGAGUCCAUUAUUUUGAAAACAGAUUACAGAGAAAGAAGCCUCCAAUUUCACUGCUUUGACAAAUUGCAGAAAUCUAUAAGUUUUAUAUUUUAUAUUUCUAUAUACGUAGAGACACAGAGAGAGAAAGGCUUUGUUUUCUGUAUAUAUAUAUAGAGAGAGGGAGAGGGAGAGGGAGAGAGAGAGAGAGAGAGAGAGAGAGAGAGAGAGAGAGCAGAAAAGAGGCGUUUCUUUUGAGGAAAGGGAAAUGGAGAGGGGUAAUACGUCGUCGUAUAGGGAGGAGUAUGAUUAUGAGGAUGAAGAUGACACAUCGAUUUUACAGAUUGAUGGGGGUUGUAGAUUUGAUAGAGUUGAAGAGGAAAUGGCUAAAAUGAAUUGUGACAAUAAUAAUAAUAAUCAUAAUAAUAAUAUUUAUAAUAAUGAAAUUAGUAGCAGCAGCAGUAAUAGAACUAGUGAGCUUACUAUUGCUUUUGAAGGAGAGGUUUAUGUUUUUCCUGCUGUUACUCCUCAUAAGGUGCAAGCUGUGCUGUUACUUCUGGGAGGGGCUGAUACACCUGCUGCUAGCGUUCCAAGUUCUGAAUUUUUGGUACAACAAAAUGCUGGUGUAUAUCAUAGUUUAGGUGAUAGUGAUACUUCACGGGAAUCAAAACUUUCAAGAAGGAUUGCCUCCCUGGUAAGAUUUCGUGAAAAGCGGAAAGAGAGAUGCUUUGAAAAGAAAAUCCGCUACACUUGCCGGAAAGAAGUUGCCCAAAGAAUGCAUCGUAAGAAUGGACAAUUUGCAUCAUUGAAGGAUUGUUACAGCACAGGUACUGGCAGCAACUGGGAACCAAGCAAUACGACUCCUCAAUCUGAACCUAUUUUACGCAGAUGUCAACACUGUGGGACUAGUGAGAAUGCCACUCCGGCAAUGCGACGUGGACCAGCUGGUCCAAGAACUCUCUGCAAUGCUUGUGGCCUUAUGUGGGCAAAUAAGGGCACUUUGAGGGAUCUUACCAAAGGGGGGAGGCAUGUUUCUUUCGAUCAAAAUGAGCUGGGCACUCCUGAUUUUAAGCCUUCAACCAUGGAACAAGAAAACCCUUAUGUUAACCAGGAUGAAGAGGGAAGCCCAGAAGAGAGUAAACCAGUGCUAUUAGAUUCUGAGAAUUCUAUGAGGCCAAAUGAUCAGGAUUUGCUUGAAACUGAUGACACUGUCACUGAUCCUUUGCCUACGCAUGUGGAGAAUUCAUCAGUCAACCUAGAUGAUGAGGACUUCCAAGAAACAUUGGAUGGGCUCGGGAAUGUUUCAGGUUCAGAAUUUGAGAUCCCUGGAAAUUUUGAUGAUCAGGUAGUGGUCUUUUAGCGACUUGACAUCCAAGCAUAUUGGAGACUAACCAUAUCCUUCAGCUAGGUUAAAUACUGUAAAUGCUAGUUACUUCUCCAGAGUUCAUGAUACCGACUUACAGGUUGACAUUGGUGAUUGUAAUAUGGGGAGUGAGUGGUCAGGGACUUGAGACCAUGCUAUGCACGUAGAACCUUAAUCCUUGAGAAAAUGUAGCAAGUAUAUUGCCAGGGAUCGAGCAGUUUAUACUAACUAGUAUAGAGAUCGAGUGAUGGUUUUCCUGUUUAUAAACAGAAUAAUGUGUCUCUCUCUCUCUUUUACUUCUUCAACUCUCUCAAAUUAGAUUUCAUUGUAAACAUAAGUUGCUCUGUAAGUGAUUUGGUAAUCCUACAUCUCUUUGUAGGAUUACAAAUUUUUAUUGAAUGUAACACGGUGGCGUUCACCAAA